AUGUCGUCUCUACAAGUGAACGAUCCACGUUCGCGUGGUCGCUCAAAGUCGCCCAGUGGUCGGAUUCGCGAGCGGUCUACUUCGCGCGACAAUCGUGCCCCUUCGCGAUCGCCAGCACCGACCUCUCGAGCCGUGCCAUCGAGCAAAAAGUACUACGAUUCCGAUUCCGCCGAGGAAGAACGACGCAAACGAAGUGAAUAUUCGAGUCGUAGUAGCCGUAAUGACAAGAGAAGCUCCAAAUAUGAUGACCUAUCCGACUCUGAGGAGGAAUACAGGGCUAAGGAACGCACGAAAGACCGUUACUACCACUCGGGUUCGGAGGAUGACAAAAGCAGCAGUGUAAAGAGAACAAUUCAAAACAAGGCCUCCGAAUAUACCAGCAGCAAAUCCUCGUCACGUUAUCCAGAUGAAGAAAAGGAUCGCGCUUAUCGUCGCACAGCCGCUCAUUCUCGCUCACGGUAUAGUGAGUCUGAAACUGAGAGCGACUCUGAUCUUAGCGCUCUGGCAUACGGAGAUACACAUAGCCACCCGCAGCAGCAGCACCACCCAUCCUCACAAGAUCCGCGCUCAUCGCGCGAGUCCAUUACAUCCAAAUUGGCUGCAAAAUUAGGUGGCGCUUCUUAUCGGGUAGAUGAUUCUGCUCACGAUCGUCCUGGCAGUCAUCCCAGUUAUGCUAAGCCGGAUCAAUUCGCGUACCAACAACCAGGUGCGCCCGUACAUGCUCAGCCAGGACAAUACGUCGACCCUAGGUUCCAGGCACAGAUCAAUGCUGGCCAAAUCCCGCCGGUGCUGCCUCCGGAUUGGGCUCCUAUCCCUCCUAGCGAAAUGCCAGGUUAUGUACCACCAGGUGCCCAUCCGCCAAGCUCGCAGUCCAUCCCUGGUGCCUUUCCAGGAGGAUAUCCUGCAACUACGGCCGCCCCUCCUACUACCCAUUAUCCCCAGAGCCAAGGAUAUACUGCAACGCAGUCAUAUGCGGCACCUGGUCAAUAUCAAUACGCGAACCCAGACCCAAAUAUCAGGUAUGGUUCCAAGGGCAAUGAAAGACAAGCAUAUACCGCAAGUGCGCAAAACCAAUUUGCCACCCAAAAGCCUGCUUAUACUGCAAGUACUGAACCGCAAUUUCUCGAAAUUGCACCGGGUCGUUCUCGUGCUGAGAGCGUUGGUCGUCAAGGUCGUCCUCAUAGUCUAUCUGUCUCCAGCAAUCUUUCAGUAGGUGGUGGAAUGGGUCCAGCUGCUGGUGGUCGCCCGCCGGCAAGUCCGCUCCUUGAAGCUUACAAAGGAACAUAUCAAUCUAUUUCACCGAUGCCAUCGCCGAUUGCCCGUCCAGUCGGACUACCCCAUGAAUCGGACAUCUCCGAUUUGGAAGACCUGGGAGGCGGGUCUUCAGGGUCUGACCGACGCAGAAAGCACAAAUCCAGCCGAUCAAGAGACGAACGCAAAGACAAAGAACGCGAGAAAGAACGUGAACUCGAAAAAGAAAAGGAACGUAGGCGUCAUUCGAGACACUCCAGUCAUGUGGGCGAAGAGAUUAUCACGAUUGCUCCAGGCUCGAGCCGGAAGAAGGUCGCUUUCUAUGACCCAGAGGACGACGCAGUUGCGUUGAAAGAUGCGCUAUCUCGUCACACCAGUCUCGACACUAGACCGCUCAUGGAGAUCCUGCCGAAUCUUUCCAGUGAUCAAAUGUUGACUUUGCGCGCAGAGUAUAAGAAACACGCCAAAGUUCACAACAAGGGUAUCAAUAUUGCGAAACAUAUCAAAUUGAAGUUGGGAAACACCUCUUUUGGAAAAGCGUGCUAUGCGACUGCGCUAGGUAGAUGGGAAUCUGAAGCCUAUUGGGCAAAUUGUUAUUAUCAAGCCGGCACAUCUCGACGCGAACUACUCAUUGAGUCGCUCAUUGGUCGCAGUAAUGCUGAGAUCCGUGAAAUCAAGAGCUGUUUCCGUGAUGCGCGCUACGCCGACAGCCUUGAGAAAUGCAUGAAGGCGGAACUAAAAGCCGAUAAAUUCCGAUAUGCGAUUCUGUUGGCUCUCAGCGAACAACGGCAGUCUGAAAAGGAGCAGGUUAGUUCAAGAGAAGUACAGGAGGAUGCAGUCGCAUUGCGUCGGGCGGUGACCUCGCGAGAGGGUGGUGAGACAGCAAUGAUUGAUAUAAUCCUGCUACGUAACGAUGCGCAUUUAAGGGAGGUUAUGAGGAUGUAUGAUCAUGCAUACAAGUCAAACUUUGCCAAGGACGUGAUUAAGAAGUCGCAGAAUCUUGUGGGAGAAACGCUCGUCCACGUCCUCAACGGCGCUGUCAAUAGACCAAUGCGCGACGCACUUUUGUUGCAUCAAGCAAUCCGCGAAUCUCACAGCAGCAAAGAGCGCUCCGAACUCCUCAUUUCUCGCCUCGUGCGUCUACAUUGGGAGCCAAAACAUUUGGAAUUGGUCAAAGAGGAAUACCGAUACCGAUACAAAGAACGCGUUGAAGAAGGCAUCGCGCAGGAAAUUAUCACGUCGAGCGGAGGCAGUGAAUGGGGAGAGUUUUGUAUUGAGCUGGCCAGGAGCCGAAUCGAGAGGUAUUUAAUAGCAAAGCACUCCCUAGGCUUCUACAACAAUGUCGGUGUCAGCGCAUUUUACUCACAUCCUUCACCUCUUUACGCUCAGCAUCUUCAAUCCAUUAUAUACAAGGCAUUAAAAGAAGUCAUUGCCGACCAUCCUGCUUUGGGGGUUAGUUUCGCGAAUGAAGAUGAACCUCGACCAUACUAUUUUCAACUACCGACGAUCGAUCUCUCAAAAGCAGUCACGCUCAAACCCUCCAACACAAUUCCAGAUCCUUCGGAUCCGGAGGGUGCAAAAGCUCUAGAUCUGUUGCUGGAAGAACAGCAUAACCUCAACUUCAAAAAUCAAGCACCCCAGGAUCCUCUCUGGAGAUUAACAAUUGUUCACGAACCUGAAAAAAGCUCGCGAUUUGUCGCUUGCUUCGUGUAUCAUCAUGGGAUAUGCGACGGGACAUCUGGACUUGUCUUACAUCGGCAUCUGCGCAGAAAACUAUCCCAAAUCCCAGUUAAUGAUGUCAACCAGGAAGCGGAUGUGAUAGUAACGACAUCCGCAAAGACAUUACUGCCAUCGCUUGAAGAACUUCACCCUCUACCACUUUCUACUCGGUUCCUUCUCAAAGCAAUCUGCAAAGAGUAUCUAGCCAUUAAUCAGUCCAAGCGGCGCACCUGGACAGCAGCACCGACAACAACCGACCCAUCAAAACGAACAUCUCGAUAUCGGUCAAUUCGUUUCUCGCAAGAGACUACCUCUCAGCUUCUAGCGGCUUGUCGCGCACAGUCUACUUCACUCACCGCGGUCGUGCAAACAAUAUUUGCCGCUUCAUUGUUCGCUCAUCUUCCCUUGGGUCAAUUUUCAAGUUUGUACUGUGAUGGGGCCAUAUCUUUCAGGAGAUGGCUGCCGACUGAUCUUGUUGAUAAGGAUAGUAUCGGAACUUGGGUUUCUCGGUAUGACUAUGAGCAUCGUUUCAUUCACUCGACCCCGAGUGACGCUGUCAAGCUCUUUUCGUGGGGGGACGCUAGAAAAGUAAAAGCGACUAUCCAAAAAGAAAUGGAUAAUCAGGGCAAGGACAGUGUGGUUGGCUUAUUGAAGUACGCAGGCGAUGUGCGAAAACUCGCCAAACAGAGAAUUGGUAAGCCGCGGGCUGAGAGCUUUGAGCUUUCCAACAUUGGCACUUUUGGACGUGAAGAACAAGACGACGACGAAGUGAGCAGCUGGAAGGUUGGAAGAGUUGUGUUCAGUCAAAGUGCGGAUGUUGUUGGAGCGGCAAUGGAAGUGUCACUUGUCACUGGGAAUGAUGGAUCUCUCAAUGUCGGGUUUACUUGUGUCGCGAUGCGUGUUCCGGUGAUUUUGACUCCUAUCCUGGCUUCAGGGGCAGUCUCACGUUCUGUCUCGUUCCUCGGCCAAACCCCAAUUGGGAACUAUCAACACUCUAGUAAUGACAACACUGUUACCCUAGAUGCACCGGGCGACGAUGUCUGUCCGCUGGCACCAAAAGUCACACCUCCAGACGACGGCCUGCACCCUUCGCUAGAUUUUAUUCAAGACUCUUCCUACCGAUCGAAGCAAGUAGAGCGGUUGUCGCGUGUUGUUCAGGUGCCGAGCACUUCGACGGAGCUGGAGGAUGACCCAUGGAGCGACUAUUAUGCUCCUUUCCUUGACUUGCACGAUGAAUUGGCUAAGCUUUUCCCACUAGUACAUUCAUAUGGCAAAGUCGAAAAAGUAAACCGUUUCGGCCUUGCGUAUACCUUCAAUGGCACCAACUCAGCGCUAAAACCCGCGCUUUUUAUGGCCCAUCAAGAUGUUGUCCCCAUCGAUGAUCCGAAUGACUGGACUUAUCCUCCAUUUUCGGGCCACUAUGACGGCCAAUGGCUCUGGGGCCGAGGAUCCAGCGACUGCAAAAACACUCUUAUCGGUGUCCUGUCCGCAGUCGAGGAUCUACUGAAACAAGGCUGGGCUCCGACCCGUACUCUCGUACUGUCCUUUGGAUAUGAUGAGGAAUCCAAGGGCUGGAAGGGAGCCGGUUCCUUGGCCGAACACCUCGAGAAGCGUUACGGGAAGGACAGUUUUGAGUUCAUCAUCGACGAAGGUGGUAUGGGCAUUCAGACCAUCGGAGACAAGAUCUAUGCUAUGGCAGGKGUCGGCGAAAAGGGCGCGAUUGAUAUUCACAUCUCUCUCAGCAUUGACGGAGGCCACUCGUCUAUUCCACCGCCGCACACGGGUAUCGGAAUCAUCUCCGAAAUCAUUUAUCAUCUCGAACGAGAAGAGCUUUUCACGCCCAGACUCGAUCUGUCACACCCAUCCCGACAAGGUCUCACAUGUCAAGCCAAACAUUCGGCUGAUUUCGUCGAGCCCUGGCUCUGGCCUGCCCUCGAGUCAUCUGACUAUACCGGUCUCGCCGAAGCCCUCGCUGCGUCACGCGGCGAUCGGGUCCGUUUCCUCUACCAGACCUCUCAAGCAGCCGACCUCAUCAAUGGCGGUGUAAAGAUUAACGCACUGCCAGAAAAGAUUAACGCAACUGUAAAUUACCGAGUCGCCAUCCACGAAAACACAGACGUCGUCCGUGCUCGAGCCAUCAACAUCAUCUCCCCCAUCGCAAAAGCGCACAACCUCACUUUCACCGCAUUUGGUGCAGGCGAUGAAGCCCAGCCGAACAACCACCUCGACAUCUCGGAUUAUGCUUUGCCACUCGAACCAGCACCAAUCAGUCCCACGUCACCUUCCGACGCAGUCUGGACACGCCUGUCCGGCGUCACCAGGCAAUUCUUCGAGUCCUUGCCAGCCUCAGGCAAUAAGACUGUGCUCGUUGUCGGGGAUGUCAUGACUGGAAACACCGAUACACGAUUCUACUGGAACUUGACACGCAACAUUUGGCGAUUUAGUCCGAUACGCCCUGAUGGUACGAAGAAUAUUCAUACAGUUGAUGAGAGGAUUGAUAUAGCUGUGCAUUUGGAGGGUUUAGCUUUCUACUACGAGUUGAUUCGAGCAUUUGACACCUACGAGGAUUAG